CAGACGUGCGAUCGCAGCAGAAGCACCGGGCACACUAAUAUGACUGCGGACGCAACAGCGACGGUCGCUGUCGCGGAGCCGGGCGGUGCAAAGACCGCCGACGGCAUGCACCAUGCACCUGCGCUGGAUGCUCUUGACCUGCUUGCAGCCAAACGACAGCGUACCAAAUCAUCUCAAUACCUUGAAGCGGAGGGUAUCGUCGCGGGUGGCAACAACCCCAAAUCUCAGGACACGAAUUCACCGGCGCAGUCGAAUGCUUUCCCACAGCUCGAGCUCGGCCCGGGUUUUAUGGAGCCGCUGCUACCAUGCCCGUUUGGAGAGUCCAUGGCUUCCUACUUUGGCCGCCUGCGUGCCGCCACCUGCCCGGGAGGCCCGGCGCCGCUGCCGCCUCAGGCGGGCGUGAGGACCGACCUGGACGAGGAUGGGGUGUACCUGCACAAGCGCCCCAUCCGCGGCCCCAACGGCGGCCCCAGCCCACUGGCUGUGUGCGGCAGUGUGUUGCACCACGUGCUGGUCUACGUCAAGCAGGGCGAGGAGGUGCACUGCCUGGACUACGGCCCCGCCAACGGCGCCGACGUCACCGCCAACGUGUUCGAGGCCGCGCCUGCCAAGCGCGUGUGGAGCCGCAGCACCACGGAGGCGGUGGCAGCCGAGGCAGCGGCGGAGGCGGAGGCGGUGACAGCACCAGCUGGUGCAGCUGGUGGUGCUGGUGGCGGUGGCAGCAGCAGGCUACCGUACCUGUAUCUGGGCCCGGCGGCGCGGCCGGUGCCCGACCCGCUGGUGCAAGAGUUCCUGGUCUGGGCCGAGUCGCGGCCCUACCACGCCGUCACCAACAACUGCAUCCACUUCGCAGACGUGCUGCUGCGCCUACUGACCACACCACCACCACCAGCAACACCAGCGCCAGCAUCGCCAGCAGCGCCUCAGGCGCAGUCUCAGGCGCAGGCGCCUCAGGCGCAGCCGUCUCAGGCGCAGCCGUCUCAGGCGCACACGCACCUGGGGCUGUACCCGGGGGUGCGGGGCGGCCCGCUGUUGUACGACAUCGCGCCAGGGGGCGGCGGGGCGGUGCCGGCGGUUGACAGCCCCAUGCUGGUCAUGAUGCAGAUGUUGAUGCGGAUGAGCUGGUUCACGGUGGUGGACGGGAGCCCUCUGGCCGCCGCAUUCGCCCAGCACCACAAGCAGCUGCUGGCGCAGGCGCAGGUGCAGGUGCAGAGCGAGCAGCAGGAGAAGCUGCAGAGCCAGGAGCGGGAGCAGGCAGGGGAGCAGGCAGGGGAGCACGCGGGGGAGCACGCGGGGGAGCAGGCAAGGGAGGCUCGCCACCUGGCCACAGAGUCGCGGUCGGGGCCGCAGGAGGCGGGGCCGCAGACGGAGGAGGCGGAGCAGGAGCAAGACAACAACAACGCGGACAGAACACCGGAGCAACCGGGCGGCGUGGAGGCGGCGGCUGCACCGCCCGCGCCAACAGCGGCCGCGGCAGGGGCAGUGGCACCGGUAGGGGCUGCAGGAGCGCAGGCGGCAGCGGCGGUGGUGGCUUCGGUUGCAGACGCCGCUUCGCUUGCUAGCGCAGCGGUGACAACAGCUGCAGCGAUUGCGGCUGAGGCGGAGUGGCAUGGGGUGCAAGCGGAGGAGCAGGAGGAGGAGGAGGAGGAGGGGCAGGCGCAUGAGGGGGAGGAGAAUGACCACGCGGCGGCAGUGGCGGCAGUGGUGGCGGCAGUGGCAGCAGCAGUGGGCGAACAGCAGGCAGCCAGCAGUGCGACGGCGGCGGUGCAGGACGCAGACAUGGCAGAGGUGGAGACAGAGGCGGAGGCGAAUGCAACAGGUGCCGAGGCCUGCGGCGCGGGCAGCCCCGGGGCCGGCGCCGCCGCCGGCAGCGGAGGCGGGGCGGCGGCAGCGGCUGCUGCAUAUUGUGAUGACAGCACCCCGCGGCAGCGGCACCGGCAGCACCAGCAGCAGGGCCAGCUGCUGCAGGUGGGGUCGGCGGGUCGGCUCCGCAAGCUCAGCGGCGGCCGCAAGGCGAAGGAGCCGGUGCGGGUGCGGCCGUGGUCGGCGGCGCGGCGGCAGCAGCAGGGUAGCGGUGGGGGCAGUGGCAGCGAUGGCGGCGGCAGCCCUAGCAGCCCGUCGUCGGCGUCACAGCAGUGAGCGGUUUACUGCUGCUGGGGCGCCACAGAAUGGCCACCACCACCUCCCAGGCAGUCCGGGUGCUGUAGCAGCGGGCAGGGCCCCUACUUUGUGGCAGUGCUCGCGCCAGCGGGGGCACCUGUGCAGGCUGCGUGCGUCUUCGAUGUCACGGUACCGCGCGCUUGCACUGAACGCGCCGCAGCCAGCUUCCUCGCCGGACCACACGGUAGUCGGUGCAGGAGCCGUACCGUAGCCUGGAUAUGAUAGCAAUGCCUUCUGAGUGCGCCGGAUGCCACAUCUACAUGUGUGAGGACUGUGAGGACUGUGAGCAAGAUGUAUGCACAUUAUAGGCGAUGGGAGAGGCGCUGACAGAUAUUAUGUAUGCUGCGAGGAGCGCGCGUGCAGCGAGGGAGUGCGGGAGUGAGCGGCAUUGCGUAUGUAUGUCCACGGGGCCAUGUUAGUUGCCGGCGUUGCUUUCCACACGUACAUGCGCGUGGAGCUUAGAAGCAGCAGCCUGCUGCGGCUGAGUAGUACUUGCGCCAUGUUGAAAUGCACGCGGAAUGCCCCCCUCGGGGGCCGUGCACCCAACGGAUGGUGUCCGUAAAGAAUCACGAGUAAUGGUCGGCACGCGGAAUGCCCCCCUGCAGGGGCCGUGCACCCAACGGAUGGUGUCCGUAAAGAAUCACGAGUAAUGGUCGGCCCAUACCCAUGGCUCGGUGUCUUCGGGUGCUGGGACUGUCCCCUCUGUAACAUCCGCAUUCA